UACAGAGUCGAUGUAAACAAACAUGGAAAGUUUCACGUGGACUCAACAAAGUAUCAGAACUUGUGAAAAACUAGUCGAAUCAUGCUUGAAAAAGCAUAAUAUUUGUGUACAGCGGCUUGUUCUUUGUAAAAGAAACAGGGACCUCAAAGACGGUGAUGUUUCCAUGCCAACAGGUCUUGUAAAAGCUGUUUCAGUGGAGGAAAAAAAGGCUAUAAAAGAUGAACUUUUUCAGAUACUAUCUGAACAAAAAUGGAAGAUAUCGAAAGUUACCUCCCCUUCCUAUUGCUUUCUGGCAUUCCAUUAUCAUCGAGAGACCAUGUACAGAAAUGUUUUAUCAGCGGUAUUAAAUAGUGAUUUCUCGUCCAGAAGAUAUGAAGGUGAUGAUAAAAGACAAGUUUUAUUAAAUGCUGGGUUACAAGUUAAUGAAAAACAGACUAUAGAUGAUUUAAGAUGUGCAAUACUGUUGCAGCAUGUUAGUCACUUACUAUCAGCCAAUGGAUAUCAAGUAUCUUUCAUACCUCAGGUGGUGUCUGGAGACAGGAAAAAUAUGUUUGAGAACGUUGGACUGGAAACAGAAAAGGUGUUUACAGAUGAAGUAUCUGCAGAACAAAGAUUUUCAAAAAUCUUAGAAAAAUUCAAUUUACAAAAUAAUCGAUAUCUAAUACAUAAAGAAAUAGUUAACAGUAAAUCAUCAGAAACUGAAAGUGAAAGUAAGUCUGUGACUAGUCAAGUUGAUAGUGAAAUUGUGCCAUGUGACUCAUCCUCUGUUCAGAGUGAGGCUAAAUCCAGUUAUACUGCCAUUUGUAGAUGCUUAGGAUGGAAGGAAGAGAAGAGAGUUUUGUGUGAUGGUCCAGAGAAUGAUGACAUUUCUGUUGAUUUUGAUUUAUUUAUAAAGGAUUUCAGCAUAGGAUUAGGGAAAGGCAGAUAUGAGAAAAGUUUGAAGGAGUUAACUCCAUCAGUUUCUGGUAAAGAUGACAUGUGUACAGAUUUAAUAUGUGAAGUUAUUCAUCUUCAGGAACAUUCAACACAGGUCAAUGGUAGUGUUAUUGUAGCACAUUUAAAUUCAGAGAGAAGAUUUUAUCACCAGCAGAAAGUUGAUCUAUUAUGGAGAGCAUUAUUUGGAGAACAAAAUAUUAGCCAGAUUCAUAUUAACUAUGGUUUAGUUUCCAGUAGACAAGGGAGCAGUCAUGAUAAAGCCUUGACAGCAGAAGAAUUUAUACAAACAAGAUUUCAACAGAUGAGAGAGGCUUCUGUUAUGAAGUACGGAGACAAAGUCAAAGGUCCUAAAUGGGAGAAUACUAUUUUCAGAUUGACAAUGGCCAGUUUGAAAUUUGAAUUUCUGAUGUCUAUUCACAAAAACAUGUUGAAGUUAGAUUUAUCACAAGGCCAAGAGUUUGGAGGAGGCAUAGAUAACAGAGCAGGGGCAUUUGUAAUGUAUAACUGUGCUAGAUUGGCUACGUUAUAUAAACAUUUUGAAGAAAACGUUUCAAAAGGUAUAUAUCCACCAUUACCUGAGAUCAGUAGUAUAGACUUUUCAAAGCUUAGAGAGGAGGAUGAAUGGGAAUUACUCUACAACUACAUUUGUAUUUAUGGCGAUCUGAUAGCAGAAACAACAGAGAAGUUCAUACCUGAAGACAGUAUAAUUUCUAAAACUCACACUCAUAAGGUGUGUAAUUUUCUGGUCAGUUUAAGUAGACAUCUCAGUUCAUACUACAGUAGAACACAUGUUUUAGGGGAAAAUCUAGAGCACCUGUUGCCCACAAUGUAUGCCAGACUGUAUCUGUUGAAGGUCAUCCAUCAAAUUAUGUGUCAUGCGCUGAGCUUGUUAGGAAUCACACCACUUAACCAGUUGUGAUAAUGCAUGUUUGGUGUAAUUAUACACACAAUGGAGUAGUUUUUUACCAUUAUUGGUGAAAUUGUGAUGAUGUCUUCUAUUUAUUUAUAUAAAGAUUCAAAUUA